AUGGCUUUUCAUCAGGAGAUCAAAGAGGAGAUCAUUGAAUUGACGACUGGGAACGAUGAGGUGAAGAUCUGCAUGGUAUGUGGAGCGAUUCCCGGAGUGAAAGUCUAUGGAGCAAUCGCUUGCCACAGCUGCAAGAUUUUCUUCCUACGAGCGUGCACUGUUGGCGCUUUACCGCGCUGCCAAAACGAAAAGCUCUGCUUGGCAUUCGAUUUUCGAGUGCAAUUCGGUAAACCAAGAUGUGCCGCGUGUCGAUACGAAAAAUGUCUGAAUGCGGGAAUGCUGCCGACAAUGACGGCGCGAAGAAGUGGUUGCAAGUUGAGAGAGCAACGAGCGCAUAUUGGACUGAAAGGACGUGGGAAAUCAUCUGUGCAACAAGUCGAAGUGUGUCCGCAAUCUGCCGUAGCUAGUCAAUCAAUAACGGCCGAACACCAAAUUGCUGCAAGGCUCCACGCCCAACCUCAUCACCUUAUAGAUCAAGCCGACUCUUUUACUAUCAUCAAAGCACUUGUCAGCUUACAGCAAGUCCUACUCAAUGAUGACCCAAACAAACUCCUGAAUUACGAUUUCACCUAUUGUCUGGAUGUAUCGAUAAGUGAUGCGUUGCAGAAUCCAGCAAUUGUUUGUCCAAGAGUUCCGAUCCAAUGGGAUCCAGCAACUGCACCUCCAAUCCCCAAAGAACACAUGCCAACUCUUGCGGGGCGACUCUAUGCUCGAGGAUUCGUUUAUGUACUCGAUUGGGUUCGAGCGAUUCCCGAGUUCUGGGAAAUUGAUGUUGAGGAUCGGGUGGGU